CACCCCUCUGGUUUGUCGCAGGUUUGGUGACGUCCAACAAUCAACUCGGGUCUCAAGUCUCCGGGACGGGCCUACUAAAAACUUUACACGUAGGUCUUGCCCCCGGUUUUUUUUUUGUCGAUGCCGUGAUUCGGGCACGCGUAUUGGUCGGAUAUGAGCCGAUGAACGCCGUUGCUCGGCUACUGGAGGAGGGAAAAACGGCCGCCGAGGUUCGCCGCCAAGCUUGGAAGCUACUGCUAGCUACCUAGCUGGGAAGCUACCGCUAGCUGCCAAGUAAGAAAGGAAGUGAGGAGUGAACAAAAAUGACAUCUCGGAGGUGGUUUCACCCCAACAUCACUGGGGUGGAGGCGGAGAACCUCCUGCUGACUCGCGGCGUGGACGGCAGCUUUUUAGCAAGACCAAGCAAGAGUAACCCCGGAGACUUCACCUUGUCAGUGAGGCGGAAUGGCGCCGUCACCCACAUCAAGAUCCAGAACACCGGCGACUACUAUGACCUGUACGGCGGCGAGAAGUUCGCCACUCUGGCCGAGCUGGUGCAGUACUACAUGGAGCACCACGGGCAGCUGAAGGAGAAGAACGGCGAUGUCAUCGAGCUCAAGUAUCCCCUCAACUGCGCCGACCCGACGUCUGAGAGGUGGUUCCACGGGCACCUGUCGGGCCGCGAGGCUGAGAAGCUCCUCACAGAGAAAGGCAAAAACGGCAGCUUCCUGGUGCGAGAGAGUCAGAGUCAUCCUGGAGACUUUGUGCUGUCAGUGCGCACGGGCGACGACAAGACUGACAGCAGCGACAGCAAGCCCAAAGUCACGCACGUCAUGAUCCGAUGCCAGCACGACCUGAAGUAUGACGUUGGCGGCGGCGAGAAGUUUGACUCCCUCACAGACCUGGUGGAGCACUACAAAAAGAACCCCAUGGUGGAGACCCUCGGCACCGUGCUGCAGCUCAAGCAGCCCCUCAACACCACUCGGAUCAAUGCGGCCGAGAUCGAAAGUCGAGUGCGGGAACUCAGCAAGCUGGCGGAGGCCACAGAUAAAGUCAAGCAAGGUUUUUGGGAGGAGUUCGAGACUUUACAGCAGCAGGAGUGCAAGCUGCUCUACAGCCGCAAAGAGGGUCAGAGGGCCGAGAACAAGAACAAGAACCGAUACAAGAAUAUUCUGCCUUUCGACCACACGCGGGUGGUCCUGACGGACGGCGACCCCAAUGAGCCUGGCUCUGACUACAUCAACGCCAACAUCAUCGCGGUGGUGUCGCCCAGCGCGCCCGAGCAGGACAACAAGCCCAGGAAGUCGUACAUCGCCACACAGGGCUGCCUGCAGAACACCAUCAGCGACUUCUGGAGGAUGGUGUUCCAGGAGAACUCGCGGGUCAUCGUCAUGACCACUAAGGAGGUGGAGAGAGGCAAGAGUAAAUGCGUCAAGUACUGGCCUGAGAUGUCUGCUCUGAAGGAAUACGGCGCCAUGCGCGUCCGCAACGUCCGAGAAACUUCGGCGCACGACUACAUCCUUAGAGAACUCAAACUCUCCAAAGUGGGUCAGGGCAAUACGGAGCGCACGGUGUGGCAGUACCACUUUCGGGCGUGGCCCGACCACGGCGUCCCAGCUGACCCCGGCGGCGUCCUGGACUUCUUAGAGGAGGUCAACCUCAAGCAGGAGAGUAUCCAGGACGCCGGGCCCAUCGCCGUGCACUGCAGCGCUGGGAUCGGGCGCACGGGAACAUUCAUAGUCAUCGACAUUCUCAUCGACGUCAUCCGAGAAAAAGGCGUGGAUUGCGACAUCGACGUUCCCAAGAGCAUCCAGAUGGUCCGUUCCCAGCGCUCCGGAAUGGUGCAGACAGAGGCUCAAUACCGCUUUAUUUACAUGGCCGUGCAACACUACAUCGAGACGCUUCAGAGGCGCAUCGUGGAGGAGCAGAAAAGUAAGAUCAAAGGUCGCGAGUACACCAACAUCAAGUAUUCUCUGUCGGACCUGACGGGCGGCGAGCAGAGUCCACUUCCCCCAUGCACGCCGCUGCCCACGCCCACCUGCGCAGACAUGCGUGAGGACAACUCCCGAGUCUACGAGAACGUCGGCCUGAUGCAGCAGCAGAAGAGCUUCAGAUGAGAUCCGCCUCCACACCAUGCCCCUGACCGUUUCUUCGCCAGCCUCGCAGUGCCGCAGACAACAAGAAAGGAAGAAGGCGAGAACUAGUUCAACGCCGAACCACACGGCGGCGCCCGAUUCCCGCCGAGCAAACCCAACCAGUUUGUGUUUCAUCAACGCCAACAGCCAUUUUCUAUAUUUUUUUUGACCAUCUUUUUGACCUUAAGCAAAACUUGUUGAUUGUGCCAGAAAAAGUUCUGCUUGAACUUUGACAAUUGGACUCCUGACCUCGCCGCAACUGCCUUGAAGACAAACCCGCGUCCUUUUACAUUCACAUCGCCUCCGCCGAACGUCCGUUCGAGCGCAAACGUUCGUUCUCAAGUGCAAAUUGUACAUUACGCGCAAAGGUUUUGGGACCUUGACUUUUGGAAUGAAAUUUCAGCGAGUGUUCACAGCGCCGGCAGGCGGUGUUUGCCAGGCAAUCGCAGGUCACGUAUCGACUAACUCAUCAGCUGCCAUUGAUUGUUUGAGAGACGGCAAUCCAAAUGGAGCUGAUGUCUGUUUAACUGAAACGUGAUCAUUGGCAGUAAAUGAAAGUACAAGGGUGGCCAUAGAGGUCCAGCCAUUUGAACUGGGUGGGCUGCAGUGCCAGCCCCCCAGUUCAAAUGGAGUGGACGUGUAAUGGUGAAAAGCUCAUUUCAAUUCACAGCACAUGAUUGGAUAUCUAUCGUCAAUGGCACUGAAAGAGUUCAUGAUAACCUUUCAUCUUUGCCGAUCAACCGCAAAAUUAUUCAACAGAUUUCACUGUCAAUUAGCAUGUUGAAGUGUUAUUGAUGGCUAUACGAUUCAGAUUAAUCACAAUAUUUAGAUUUUUUUGUGCGGUGGGUAAACUGUAAAAUUCACUGAUUAAUCUCAGAAUUAUUCGAAGGAUCAAUCAGUCAAUAAUUAGCCAGACGUGCACAGUUUAAAUUGGUUAAACUCUUAAUUUAAUUAACUCACUGGCUGCCAUUAAUGGCGGUAAACCUCCAAUCCAUUUGAAAUGGGGAGGGGGGGCUGCAGCCAAUGGACAAAUGUUCAUUCGCUGCCAACCCUCCUACUUCAAAUGGAUUGGACGUCUACUGGUGACACUCAUUUAAAGACCAUAAUGACUUGGAGUCCAUCGUCCAUGACGCUGAAAGAGUUAAUGGGUAACACUUUAUAAUAACUAUCCGUUUUACUAGUUAAUAGAUCAUUAGUAAACUGUUGAUAAAUGAUUUAUUGUUGAUUUGUGAAGUAUUUGUUAACAGUUUACAGGGUGUUCCAAUAUGGUUGACCCCAUUCUAAAUGCCCAUGCUAGUUGAUGGAUCUUAAUAAAACUAUAUACAGUUUAUGUUGAAGGUCAUAAGUUUUAUUGGUUAAAUAUACAAAGAAGGUUCUAUUGCAGAUAUUCAUAAAUGUGCAACAUGAGCGCUGCCUGCAAAAUGCCUUAUCAAAAUGCCUUUUCUUUUGGCGGAACGGCAUUUCUUAACCUGAAAAGAUGCCAAAAAACCUGAAACGUUUCUACACAAACUGUGUUUCAGGUUAAGAACACCCUGUAAAUGCUUAACAAACUGUUAACAAAUACUUCACAAAUCAUAAAUAAAUCAUUUAUCAACAGUUUACUAAUGAUCUAUAACUAGUAAACGGAUAGUUAAUAUAAAGUGUUACCAGUUAAGGAUAGAAUUACCUGUCAAUUUUUUGCGAUUAAUCCAUGAAUUCUAAUGCCUUCAAUGCUACUGACUCAGUGAAGUUGUUAAAGCGACGGCGUUGAGGUCAGUAAACAUCCAGGUCGUCCGAACUGGUCGUGAAUGAGUUAAUUUGCCUGCACAUGACUCAUCCUGAAAUUUCACCCCAAAACGCAGUAUCACAAACUUUAUGUGUAUGACUCAUGUUUUUUUUUUUUUUUUUUUUCCCAAUAUACGAUGGAAACCAGAAGUUUACAUGCAAUGUACAAAGACACAUUCUCAUACCACUAAAUGGGGAAUGGUCUCGAAAUGUUUGACCUCUAGCACAAUUAGGAUUACUAAAAUAAUUCUAGCUGUUCAAAGCUGGAACAAUGAGUGACUAGAAUUUACUUAGUUCAGGAUGUCAUUAUGGUUCAUCCUUGGGUGCAAUUUCCGAGUGCCGCAUUUAACACCAUGGAGUCAUCACUGGUAGCAAGAAAAUAUAUAUUUUGAUCAUCUUAAUUGACCAAAAAAAAAAAAAACUUUAGUCCGAUUGGAAGCAUUGGCUGCCAUUGACGGUAUGAACGUCCAAGCCUUAGUGACUGUAAACAUCUGGUUUCAAUACUCAUACUUGACAACUAAAUGCCUUGCGCGUACCGUUGCCGCCGCCGCCUCCAUGUGUUCGCCAAAGGUGACGAGAAGCACGAUAUGCUCUUUGCUUAGCUUAGUGCUUAGCGAGCCUCUAUCCGCAAGCCAACACUAAGACCCCAGCAAGGAAAAUGCGCUAAAACGAGUCAAAACACUAGAAUGCGGGGCUGCUUAAUAGUAUGGGCCACAUAAAAAAAAACUUAUAUUAAAUAUUUAAAUAAAAAAUGGACUAGUAAUCUUCCAAAUCAUGGCUGUAAAACUGGCAGCCCGGGGUUCAGAUCUGGCCCACUGUCGUACAAAAGUACAUCAGGUGCAUUGACCAUGUUUCUCACUACAGUAACAUUUCAAUAAAAUCUGUAAAGUGAAAAUAAUUAGAAUGUAAAAAUUCCCUUUAAAUUAAAAAUAUGACAGUUUUCCUUUCCUUGAAUAGAAAAUAAAAAUUGUAAAAUGAAAUAUUUGAUAAUCAGAGGAUCACAAAAAAAUUUGUGGCCUAAUUUGUAACAGAUUGACUAGGGGUGCACAAUAUCCAUUUUUUGGAACCGAUACCGAUAUCGAUAACUUCCUGCUCCUCAAAGCCGAUACCGAUAUCAAUAACAGAUUAAUAAAUAUAUAAUUUUUUAAAUGUAUAACCUGUGUUUUUGAGCACCUGGAGGUUUAAAAAAAAAACAAAAAACUAGUGGUGGAUUCAACAUAGAUUUGCCUUUGAUCUCACCAGAUUUUUCAUAAUGACAUGAACAAAACAGUGCGUUUCACUUCUGCACUGCCCGACAGCCAUCUAAAAAUGAAUGCACUUCCAUAAACCACAAGGCUUUCUUGCUUUUAUGGGAAGACCCUUGUCUUAAUAUUGUGAAAGUACAACAGAAAAAUACACAUACUCAAUAUACAACAAACUGCACAAUACACUUAUAUACACAACUAUUAUAUGUAUAGCAUAGCACACUAGCUUGAGUUACUAAAGCAUUGGCUGGCUUCUAUAACACAACUUAUGAAGUUCUGUACAUAUGACCCUUCACCACAGAAGUAAACAUAUGUUGCACAUCAAUAUGUUAUAGUAAACAUAAAAUACUUACAUAUAUUUCCGAGGUGGAAACGUAACAGAAAGCAUUCACAAUUGUCAAUGCUACUGCUAGACACCGCAAUGUGUAUGUGAAUGAGCUUGUAAUGUGAACCAAACUACUGUAGCAAAAAAUAGAUGCAGCCAAUUAUUCUGACCAGCAGGUGGGAGCAAUUCCCCACAAAUGGUCAACUGCUUUCCCAUGCUAGUGUGCCAGCACAAUGCAUAUUAUUGUACAUAUUAUUGGUCCUAUUAUUAUGUUAAUGAAUUUAUCGGGAUGACGUCAUAAUUCCUAUUAUCGGACCAAUAAUUAUCGUGCACCAGUAAGAUUGACAAAGAUCGUUGAAAACUGAAAUUAAUCUGAGUUAUGCAGGGUUGUUCUGUAGUCAUUUAAAAAAAAAAAAAAAAAAAAGGUCUGAAAAGGCGCAGAAUAUCAUCCUUUGGCCCGCAAGUUUAAGACUACCGCACUAAAACAGCGAAAAGCACUUGCCAACAAAAAUGCCGUAGAAGUUAUGCAAAGCUAAUUUGCCAGCUCAUUUAUGAGAUUCUGUUCCGGGACUGUCAACUAAUAUGCUUUUUGUCUACACUAGUAGAUCACAUUCUUAUCGGAAGAAAACUAAUACAUGUAGUGAGUGCAGUUUUGACAUCCUCGACAACAGGAUGUGUAAUUAUCGUUUAACGCACUAAAAUGGUGAUGAAGUGGCACUUGUUUGUAAUCGGUGCACUUCAUCUCACUUCAGCCUAGCUUCUCAGCACUCAGAAUCCAUUAAGGUGCUUUAAUCUCAAAAUUCCUCUGUUUAUUUCAGCUUAGUUGCUUGUACCGUAAUUUUCGGACUAUAAGACGCUACUUUUAAUUUUGAAUCCUGUGGCUGAUCGUCCAGUGCGGCUUAUUUGUUGAUUUAUUUGGCGUAAUAGGUAACACUUCAUCUGACAGUGACUUCAUGAGACCGUCAUAAUUAUGACAUGACACUAUCAUGUGCAUUACUGAAUGCUUAUGACAGAUGUCAAUAAGUGUCAUCCGGCAAAUUAUGUCAUUAACUCCAUUUAUGUCCAGCUCGGAUCUUUGAAAUCCAUUUAAAAGUGAGAUAAUUUGCCGGAUAACACCAAAUGACAUCUGUUAUAAGCAUUCAUUAAUGCUCAUGACAGUCUCAUGUAAGGCUGCAGCUAUCAAUUAUUUUAGUAGUUGAUUAAUCGAUGAACUAGUUAGUUUGAAUAAUCGAAGAAUCGGAUAAGGAAGAUGAAAAAUUGAAAUACCUGAGCUGAGCCUCAAACGGUAAAAAUAAAUAAGGAUCUCUGUACAACAAAAAACAAUUGGCUAACUUAUUUAGAAAAAGUCCUCUAGCUUCAAUGCUAUAAAAUGUUAUUUUUUUUUACAAUGCUCUUAACAAGUAGUUCAGACACAUAUUCCUACAAAAAACUGCUAAAUAUAUUUAUAAACUGAAUUACGAAUGAAUUCAAAAACAUUAGCUCAAACAAAAACUUAGCUUAUGUUUGUCUCAACAGGGUGCAGUCGGAUUCAGCCAUGUGAAAUGAGGCAGACCAGAGGGCAGUGGAUCCACCCUAAUGAAUAAAACUAAAUGCAAACACUUUCAAAAUAAACCAUUAUAUCGCCACUUUAAUUAACCGAAUACUCGAAGCAACAAAAUUUAAUGUGAAAAUUUUAUCCUAAUUAAAUACUCGAGUUAAUCGAUUAAUAGUUGCAGCACUAGUCUCAUGUCAUAAUUAUGAUAGUCUAACGACAGUCUAAUGGCGCCACUGUCAAAUAGUGUUACCAAAUACCAUAACUAGCAAUUAAUGAAACAACUGGAAGAGUAACUGAAGAAAUAAUUAGUACAGAACAUGAAUUUUGAUUGUUAUUUACGUCUGUAGCGCUGCAAUGCAUGCUAGGAGGCAUGUUGGACAACAACAGUGUUGACACCAGGAGGCAGCAGAGGUUGACUGCCCCCCGCCCCCAAGGGAGCACUGAUGGCCAAAUCAAGCUUCUUGAAGCAAUGAAGCUUUGCAGCCAAUUGGUUCAAAGCUUCAAGGUCGUUCAUUGGGCCUUAUGACAGUCAUAUGAUGCCGCUGUUAAAAUAAGUGUGACCGGUUAAUAUCUUUUGGUGAGGACAUAUCUAAUACAGUGAGGACAGCUGCUGCUUAUUGUCCAGUGCGGAUUAUCUAUGAACAAAUGUUGUUUUCGUGUCAAGUUUGGCAGGUGGUAGCUUUUAGUCAGAUGCGCCUCUAUAGUGCAAAAUUUAUGGUAAUUAAAUGCUAGUAAUGCACUACUGUUGUCUAAUUGGAACUUUCACUUCAGCUUCAGAAUUAAAAAUAAUAGCAAAACGUGACUUGAAUCACAAGUUCCUCAAUUUAUUUCAACAUAGAUCCUUGGGGCUAAAAUUGAACUAAACUACGACUAUUGUCUAAUUGGAGCUCCCUCAGCUAAGUUCCUUAGCUUCCAGAUUCAUUGAGAUGGUGGUGAAGCGCAACUCGUAUGCCAAUGAGGUUCCUCAACUCAUUCCAACAUAGUUCUUUAGUACAAAAAUCACUUCAAAGCUCUACUUUUUGUCUCGACAAAGCUUCCCGACUUAGCUCAACAUAAUUCCUUGGCCCUAACGCGCUACAGUAUGCGCCAAAAGCAAUAAUUUUACCACAUAAUAAGCAGACCACCGAGCCAAAUGGAGGCUAAGCUAACGCACAUUAUCGGGCUUCUCGUCGUCCGAUCAUUUCAAACGUGGCCUGAAAAUUUCCUCGCUCCGCCUUCACCGCGAAACCACGCGUCAACUCACGGACGUGCCUUUUGCGCAACUGCACAGCUCUUUAACACUCAUACGGGACUCUUGUCGGCGAAAAAAAGAACUCAAGUCUAUUUUUCAAGGUGUAUAUUGUACAUGAGCAGACUGUACUUAGUGAAAGAUAACAUAUCUACUUGCCAUGAAGGUCAAGUGUAUGUAUAUGCAUAUUGUUCUCUCUUGACACACACGAGACACGACCAAUACAAGAGUUUAUUAUAAAUAUUAAAAGUUGAAAAAAAAAAUGCAGUUAACCACGUUAACGUCCUUACUAUGAAUAAAUGGCGAGCUCUUGCCUAAUUUCACCACUGUGUU